AUGCGGAAAAGUGCUAGGCUUUCGGCAGGGGAUUUGGAUGGCCACUUAAGCCGAAAACAAGUCGGUCCGGGUGCAGGAAACGUCUACUACAAACAAUUGGGCAAUGCAGGAAGCAUUAACAAUCAGGGGGCAGUGAACAACCAAGCAGCUCGAGCCGUGAAAGACGGAACAGGGCUGGGGAGCGCCAACGUGCAACAGGAGAACUCACAGACGCAAACAGCAUCUGCAAACCCCGUCACAACCACUGUUCAGGUCGACGCUGCAACCUCCACUACAGCUUUCACUGGUUCUGCUGCAGCCCUUCCAGCUGCCUCUAUUCUAGCACCAGGGCCGAAACCUGUGGUUAAAGAAUUCCACGAUCCCUUGGCUUGCGAAUGGGACUUGGCUUUACACUGGAAUUUCACAUCUGACGAGCCGUUAAACGUGCCAGCGGGAAUUGACGAGGAGGAUGCUGGCGUGAAAAUCGGCCGUCACGAAAUUCUCAUCCGGCCGAACCCGUCACCCGACCCCCGUCAGCUGGUCGUGAGCCAAUCGCUGUUGAGACUGCUCCAGGAGAACGAACGGCUGAGAUUGCUCGCGCAGGAGGACGGAAGGCUGACGUCGCACCCUCGCCGCGUUAUAGUCAUCACGCCGACCUACAAGCGAACUUUCCAACAGCUACACAUGCUAGGGUUGAUCAACUCCCUAAAACGGGUACAAGCACCGCUACUUUGGGUAGUGAUCGAAGCGACCAAGACGGAAGAAACCGCACGGCUUAUCGCGAAGGCUACUAGCGGGGCGGAGAAUCCCGAGGUGGAAAUCGCGCAUCUAGGCGUGGAGGAGGAAAUGCCCGAGGAUUGGGACGAGCGGGUUCUGCUGGAGCAACGGAUGAGAGUCGUGGGACUAAGGUACGUUCGGGAGCACAGGCUCGACGGCAUCGUGGUCUUCGCAGACGACAGCUCGGUCUUCUCCCCGAAAUUCCUUGCCGAGGCUCAGCGCGUGCCCUGGUUCGGCGCAGGUUCUGUAGGCGUGCUGCUGCCGGUCGGGUUCCCCCAGCUUUUUGGCGUCAGUGGCGUGAAUGGUGGUGUUCGGAUUGCUGAGGCAGCGACAACGGCGGGGAUGGGGUUAGCGGUAGGAGGGGGAGCAGCAGAGAGUGGGGGAGGCGGAGGGGCAGGGAAAGAGACGGGCGGAGCAGCGGGAGCGGGUGGCGGAGCGGGUGGGGGAGCGGGUGGGGGGGCGCGGGGGGAAGAGCGCAAAGAUCAAGAAACAGCGAAACUGGAUUUAUCGGCGGGUGGUGAGGAUAGAGGAGGAAUGCAGCAGACGCAGCAAGGGGAGGAGCUUCCUGAUUGGGUGCGAGGCUGGGAGGAAUGGGGCCCUGAGCUGGAACGAGGUCUGGGAGGAGGCUCGGAAGGAGGCUCGGAAGAAGAUGCGGAAGGAGGUUCGGUGGCAGGUUCGGGAGCGGAGGGGCGGCUGUUUGACCUGCUAGGCGCGGUGGUGCGGGAUGAGAGGGAGGUUCGGCUGAUUGGCCAAUGCGGACGGCGCGUGCUUGUGUGGUGGUGGAGGGCUGAGGCGCGGCAAGACAGCAAGUUCCCCGCAGAGUGGUGGAGUUAA